AUGUCGCUCUAUCACCUGAAAAUGCCCCGCGACAUUGGCCCAGAAGGUGAUGUUGGACCACCUGGUUUCCCUGGAAGGCCGGGAGCUCAGGGUCCAAGCGGACGACCGGCGGAGGGAGGAAUUGGCAAACCUGGACCAAAAGGAGCGGAUGGUCCUGUUGGGAGGGCUGGAGCUCAAGGUCCUCGAGGAAAGCGAAAUUACAUCUACGGGCCACCUGGCCCGACAGGACAACCGGGUCCAAAUGGACUGGACGGCAUAAACGGGAACGUUGGAGAUAGAGGACCGAAGGGGCCACCUGGAGAGAAAGGAGCUGAUGCGAAGUUCUGUCCGUGCCCUAUGGAACUGCAAAUCAUCAGCCAACAAAAU